GUAACACAGGAUCUUCAUCGGCUGCAGACUUUCCGCCCUUCACUCAGCAGAACAUGUCUCCUGGGAAAUCGUCUACUUCGACUCGCACCUUUUCUCCUGCCAGUGGGGAACCAUCCAUUCCAUCUCGCGAGACCGUUUCUCCUGAGGGAUCAUGUGCUCUGACUCACGAUCUGACUGGGCCAGUGCAAUUGAAACAUGCUCGACCUCGCGUCAUUCAUGCCUGCGAUGAAUGCCGCAAUAAGAAAAAAAAGUGUUCUGGGGAGCAGCCACUGUGUCUGAGUUGUCAAAAGGCGGGAAGGGUAUGCACCUGGACACCUAUAAAGACCUCGAAAAAUCGCCCUUGUCUUAAGUAUGGUGUGGUCAAGUUGCGUCGACCACCAUCUUAUACAGACGAGCGGAACUCCAUGACUACUAGGCAGCUCCACAUUGCGGCACCAAAACCAACGUAUCCCAUCAAGCUUCAUGAUAUGCAUGGUGCAGCUGCUUUGGCGUCCGCCAUGCGGUAUCCUCAAGCAGCGAGCUCACCUUUGGGGUCUGAGUUUCCGGCGCAUAUAGCCACCCGUCGGACGGGAGCUGUUGACUUCGGCUGAGUGACUCAAGUUCGACUGACUGCAGUCAUGAGUAUACUUCGCUGCCUCCCACCAAUCCUCCAUAUCUUGACAGUGUCUUGUCUUGUGUACAUCCUCUCCACAUGCGACGACUGUGUCAUGAAGAUAUCUACCGCC